GAUUUUCGGUGUUUUGUCGGAGAGAGAAAACACAAGUGUGGCAGCUCUUCGGCUGCAGACGUGUCAGACUGGGGAGGUUGAGUCUCUCUGGUUCUCACAGUACGGAUAUGACCCAACCCACCGCGCCUGUUUGUUCAUCAGUCUGCUGUCAGACAGUUGUCAGUUUGCGCCUCCGAACAGACGAAGAAGACUAAAUGGCAGAAGUCGCUCCCGCUCCAGCCGCCGCUCCGGCGAAAGUGGCCAAGAAGAAAGCCCCCCGACCCAAGAAGAGUGGCCCCAGCGUCGGGGAGCUCAUCGUAAAAGCCGUGUCGGCCUCCAAGGAGAGGAGCGGCGUGUCUUUGGCCGCGCUUAAGAAGACUUUGGUCGCCGGCGGCUACGACGUGGAGAAGAACAAGGCCCGCGUCAAAGUGGCCGUCAAGACCCUGGUGACGAAGGGCGCCUUGGUCCAGGUCAAAGGUACCGGCGCCUCCGGCUCCUUCAAGAUAAACAAGAAGGCUGAAGUGGCCAAGAAGCCCGCCAAGAAGGCAGCUAAAGCCAAGAAACCCGCAGCCGCCAAGAAGACAGCUAAAGCCAAGAAACCCGCAGCCGCCAAGAAGGCAGCGGCUAAGAAGCCCGCAGCCAAGAAGUCCCCGAAGAAGGCCAAGAAGCCUGCGGCAGCCAAGAAGCCCAAGAGCCCCAAGAAGGCCGCCAAGAGCCCGAAGAAGGCGGUGAAAAAGCCCGCUGCCCCCAAGAAGACCGCGGCUAAGAAGGUUGCUAAACCCAAGACGGCCAAGCCGAGGAGAGCUGCCGCAAAGAAGUAAACAUUCAAUCUCCUACACAACCCCCCCCCCCACACAAAGGCUCUUUUAAGAGCCAACCA